ACUAGAGAACUGUUCUGAAGGCAUUUACUUUGUCAAGAAAUAUUCUCUGCCAGUCAUGCCUUUCCCUUCAACAAGCCAACAAUCCCAUCUAGGGAACAUAUAGAAGUUUAAACGACCCACCAACAAUCCAUAAAGGAAAAAUCUCAGAAAAUCCCAGCCUGUCUUAGCUCCAUCUUAACUGCAGGUGAUAUGAUUUCCCUGGCUGAUGUUUACCAUGUCAUGGAAGCAACAAUCCCCUUGUAUGUUGCCAUGAUCUUAGCCUAUAUGUCUGCAAAAUGGUGGAAGCUCUUCACCUUGGAACAGUGCUCAGGCAUUAACAAGUUUGUGGCAAAAUUCUCCAUCCCACUUUUGUCAUUCCAUGUGAUCUCAACCACCAAUCCUUACAAGAUGAACAUGAAACUCAUGCUCUCAGACACCCUCCAAAAACUAUUUGCUUUUCUUCUUUUAGCAGUCUUUACCAAAAUUAGCUCUAGAGGAAACUUGGAUUGGAUUAUAACUGGUCUCUCUGUGUCAACACUUCCAAACACUUUGAUCCUGGGAAUUCCACUGCUGCGAGCUAUGUAUGGUGAUGAAGCAAAAGCACUUCUUGCACAGAUAGUUGUCUUACAAAGCUUAAUUUGGAAUAAUUUACUGUUGUUUCUACAUGAGUUCAGGGUGGCUGAAGCAGUCUCUACAACUCCCUCACUAGAAGCCACUGGGCAAUCAGUGGCCCCACAGGGAGCACAACUGAAAGAGAGGGAGGAAACAAGAGCCACAACCACAAGAAAACUCAAAACAAAACAAAUUCUCAUGACAGUGGGGAGAAAGCUCAUAAGCAAUCCAAAUACUCAUGCAAGUUUGGUUGGUCUCAUUUGGGCAUUCAUCCACUUCAGAUGGGGACCAAAACUGCCGGCAAUCGUUGCUAAUUCAAUAUCAAUAUUGUCAGAUGGAGGGCUUGGCAUGGCCAUGUUCAGCUUAGGUCUUUUCAUGGCAUCACAGACUAGAAUAAUAGCUUGUGGAACUUGGAUGGCGGCCUUAGCCAUGGGAACUAAAUUUUUGGUUGGACCAGCUCUAAUGGCAAUCUCCUCCUUUGCAAUUGGACUGAGGAGUACAAAGUUCAAGGUGGCAGUAUUGCAGGCAGCUCUUCCUCAAGGGAUCGUCCCAUUUGUGUUUGCAAGAGAGUACAAUGUGCAUCCAAGCAUCUUGAGCACUGGGGUAAUCUUUGGCAUGCUUAUUGCAAUUCCGAUAGCACUGUCCUACUAUUCGCUGCUAGCAUUGUAGUUUUCCAAGCAAUGGAAAAAGAUUCCAAAACCAGGAAAGGCUUGACAUAUGGGAACCAUAUUUAUUUUAUACACACUUCUUUGUAUUAUACAAGGGGAAAAAAAGAAGAAAAGAUGCAUAAAGGCAAAGAAAUAUCAUUGAAGAUUUCCAUCAUAAUUCAUCUGCAAAUUAAAAUAAAAACCUUUUUCUGUACUUGGCACAAAGUAACGAGUAAAAGAACUAUGAUAUACUCA